AUGGCUGAAUUCGAGUCGACGAGUUACAGCUUCGGUGACUUGUCCGGUGAGAUGGACCAACCCAUCAUGACAGUCUGUGACGACGACGAUUUCGACGAGCCAGUGCGAGAAACGAUCAUGCGAGAUCUGCGCGAUGUUGCCCACAAAUUCAAACAUGUCGUCUUCCCACUGAAAGAGAAAUACAUUUGGCAAGUUUCUGUGAGCGAAUUUCAUGAAAGCAAAGAGGGAUCAAAUUUGCUUCUCCGUGACUGGGAUCUGUGGGGUCCUCUUUUGCUCUGCAUGGUUGUCGGAGCGAUUUUGCACGAAGGCCAAGGUGGUCCUCACUUUACACAGUUCUUUGUCCUCUUCUGGAUGGGCUCCGCAGUCGUCACAAUCAACAACAAAUUGCUUGGCGGCACUAUUUCGUUCUUUCAAUCGGUGUGCGUUCUUGGCUACUGCAUCGCUCCACUAUUCGCCCUUCGUUUUAUCGUCACUCUCGUCGCCUUUGGCUGGAGUUCUAGAGCUGCUAUGUGUUUUAUUGGAGACACUGCCCCAUCAGAUCGCCGGUUUCUCGCUGUCUAUCCAAUGGUUCUGUUCUAUUUCAUCAUCUCGUGGCUAGUCAUUACCUACUCCGGCUAA